ACUGCGGGUUGGGAACACGACCACGAGGAGCCGGGGCUCGCCCUGCCGUGAGCGCAGGCGAGGGCACCAAAGUGUUCACGAGGAGGGCAGGGCGGCACGUUGGGCGCUUCAGCAGCGCCCCGAGGCGGGCGCUGAGGAGACGCCGCCAUUUCGCGGCGGCGGGGGGCGCCCGGCGGCCCCUCACAGGAGGAGGCGCCCGGCGGGGCUGCGAGGCACCGCGUCCUGCCUCCCGCGGAAACGUGCAUGCUGCUGAACAGCUUGAAUCAAAAAAUAGAUGCCCCAAAUGAGGAAGUCUGCCACAGAUGCAUGAAUUGUGAUACUGUUGUUUGGAAGUGAAAGACAACAAGAUUUCACCUUUUGGAGCAUGGAUUCGAAAUCCACUGUGGUUGUAACUGGUUUUGGUCCCUUUAGACAACACCUGGUUAAUUCUAGCUGGGAAGCAGUGAAGGAGCUGUCCAAGAGAGGCCUUGGUAAAACCAUAGAUCUCCGUAUCACGCAACUGCCAGUGGUUUACCAAAAAGCAAAGGAGCAAGUCUUCAAGAUAUGGACAACUCUUCAGCCACUACUUACUGUUCAUGUUGGGCUGGCUUCAUCCACCAAAGCAAUCAUCAUCCUUGAGCAGUGUGGGAAGAACAAAGGCUACAAAGAGAUGGAUGCUUGUGGUUUUCACCCAGAAGGUGGCUGUUGCAUGCUAGAUGGUCCGGAAAAGAUUGAAUCUACAAUUAAUAUGAAGACUCUCUGGAAAAACAUUUCAGUGGAAGGGAUUGAUAUAAUCUUUUCCAGAGAUGCGGGAAGGUAUAUCUGCGAUUACACCUAUUACGCUUCUCUGUAUUAUGGUAAUGGAAGAGCAGCUUUCAUCCAUGUGCCUCCAUUAUCCAAAUCGGUAACAGCAGACUCUCUAGGAAAAGCAUUACAGACAAUUAUCUUAGAAAUGUUAAAACAGUGUGGGGAAGAAAGAGAGUAAGAUGGAUCGUGAGAGAAAAAAAAAAAGGAUUUCUUAGAAUGCAAUUCCUUACCUCUUAAAAGUAGCAAAUGUAAUUGUUAUUUAAAACCCUUACAUAAAAGAUUUUUAUAUUCCAAGUUAUUUUUAGCGAAAUCUCCUUACAGAAAACAAAUUACUCUGGUGUAAAAAGCUUAAGAGAAAAAAAAAAUCAUCGUUUGUAUUGCUAACAAUGAUAAGGUUGCUUCAGAUUUAAGAAAGUGUGUGAACGUGGACUUAAAAGUUGUUACACAUUUUCUAAAAUCUUUUAAGUAUUUUUUUUUUGAAAAUUUUGGAGAAAACAAGAAACAUUUUGGAUGCUCAAUCCUAGUUCCAAAGGGUAGAAAAACAUUACUACAGAUUUACUGAAUCAAGAUCCAUGCUUGCAGCUCUAAGGACAUUCAGCACUGGAUCUCAGAGGUCCUUCUCAGUCCCUGUUCAAGUCCAACGAGAUAGCUCAUCUAAUAGAAGGUGCCCAUAUAACAACUUUAAAUACGGGGGAAAACCAAAACACACAGGGAUGCUGUUAUCUGAAGGUUUCUUCAAAUAUCUGUAUCUCUUGGAGACCUGCUGUAAACGAAGGUUUUCACAUCAAAAACAGACUAUGGAGCUGGGGUGACUUAAAAAAGAAAGCAAAUAAAAAGCUAGAAUCUGGCAGACACUGAAAUGCUGUUAGUGAUUUGGGUUUAAAUUGUCCCAAAACACCAUUUACCCCAAAUUCUCAGUAUCUGUCCCAAAGGAGAACACUGUAGUCCUUCCACAAAGCACAGAACAAAGACAACAGUCUUUCAGUACAAUGGGUCAUGGCUAUUCAGGGAUUUAUACAUCAAAAUCAAAAAGCUAACUUGUCCCAGGAAAGGCAAUCAUUGAAGCACUGUGCUGUGGAAUGCGUUAUGGCACAUCAUCUUUCUUACAAAACAGGAACCAAAUGAGAUCCCAAGUUGUAAAACUGGGGAUCAGACAGUGACAGAUCACUUCUGCGCUUCUCCCCUGCCAAGCCAGGCUCCUCGAUGUCUCAAACGCAGCUAUAUACAGAAGUACUGCACUAUUAAUGCUGGCGAAGACAGAGGUUUACAGAGUGUCCUCUCUAGCACACAUGGAAUGGCAACGCGUGCUCUCCUUAGUAAUUUUGCUAGUACCAAACCAGACAAUUAUGACAUAAAACUAGCAGUUAUUUUUCAAAAACAGCAGAAUGGAACGGCAGCACCUUAAUAUGGGCAUCUGGGAUUUCUCUAAGGAAAACAAAAGCUCAUUCCUCAAGUGUCAUGUCAGUAAAAAAGGUCAACAGCCAAGGACAACCUAAGGGCUCAGACACCUGAACAAGCUCUGGGCCACCACUGUGCCCUAGUCAAGAUUUUGACAACAAGAGUCAGAGGAAUUGGAAACGUCAGAAUAAUGCUAGUUUUCUUGCCACUAUCUUUGCCAACAAUCUUUGCAGAAAACUGAUAACCCCAUGCUGGAUGGGUGAAUGCCUCAUCUAUGGAUUGCUGUAGAGGUAAAUGAAAGGGUUUCCUUCGAAUAAAUAAAUAAAAAUGCUUCCCUUAUUGAAAGAAACCACCUACUGCAAAGCGGGACCCAAAAGUACCAUUGAAAAAGGGCCCACAAACUCAGUGUCAUUGGAUUAAAAUAUUUUAGAUUUCAACACAACAUAAUGG